AAACCAUAUAAUGACGCACAGUGAGGAGAGACCUUUUGCGUGUAGAAUCUGUGAGAAAACAUAUAAGAGAAAUUCAGAACUGAUCAGACACACUAUGGUACACACGGGAGAACGUCCUUACGAAUGUAAAGAAUGUCUUAUGACAUUCAGAGAGAAAACUAAAUUAAAUUCACAUAUGGUAGUACAUACAGGUGAGAAACCCUUCGAAUGUCGCAUAUGUCAUAAAUUUCUGGCGAGAAAAUCGGACUUGACAAGUCACAUGCUGUCUCACACUGGAGGGCAGUACGAUUGCAAGAUCUGUGAAAAAAUAUUCACCAGGAAGUCUGAUCUCAAUCGACACGUACUGGUGCAUACCGGAGAAAAACCGUUUGCCUGUGAUUUCUGUGAUAUGGCUUUCAGAGAGAAGGCAAGGCUAAAUGCACACUUGGUGAUGCAUACCGGGGAUAAAAAACAUGUUUGCAGAAUCUGUGAGAAGAGGUUUAAGGAUAAACAAGGGUUGAAGAAACAUAUGAUUGGACAUGCUGGAGAUAGACCGUAUGGGUGUUUUGUUUGUAAGAAAAAUUUCAAGAUGAAGAGUACUUUGGUGAGUCAUAUGCAAGUUCAUGAGGCAGAGGCUGACGAGGAGUGUAAAAAGGACGGAAAGAAUUUCGAAGAGGAAGACAAGUCGAAGAAAAAUUCAGUGGGGCUUGAGAGGGAGGGGAAGAGGUUCAAAAGUGAGGGAGAUGACUUGCACGUGGUGGAUCAGAGCAGUGACUGAACCCCAAUUGUAAGAAU